UCCAGCUCACAGCUGAGUGUGGACGAAAGUGAGCUGGGCCACAGAGCAGAGAGAAUAACAGCAAGAAGAGAUGAGUGGUCACAGGCGGUGUUUUAGCCUCUAGCGUCUGCAGCCCUGGACACGGAUGACAACCCAGAUCCUGAAUAUGAAUCUACCUAGCCCUGCUGGAAGUGCUCAGUUGGACUGAUAUUUAGCAGGCUAUUGCGUUGCAUCCCUAUCCGUUUCCUCCUCCUCACACUGACGUCCAUCCGCUGCAAAAGCAAGAAAAAAAAAACUUUGAUUACUCAUUUUUCCUGCACGGGGAAGCAUUUGCCUCUGGCUUUACCGGUAAGCAUUGGAUCCGUCAACUUACUGCGACUCUCCGGUGUACAGCCCGGACCUCUGCCCAAACAUGAUUGCGACGCAGGCAAAGCUGGUUUACCAGCUCAACAAAUAUUACAACGAGAGAUGCCAAGCUCGCAAAGCGGCCAUUGCGAAGACUAUAAGGGAGGUUUGUAAAGUGGUGUCGGAUGUCCUGAAAGAGGUGGAAGUGCAGGAGCCCCGCUUCAUCAGCUCCCUCAGUGAGAUAGACGCACGCUAUGAGGGGAUGGAGGUCAUCUCCCCCAAUGAGUUUGAGGUGGUGCUUUACCUCAACCAAAUGGGGGUGUUCAACUUUGUGGACGACGGCUCCUUGCCCGGCUGCGCGGUGCUGAAGCUGAGUGAUGGCCGUAAAAGGAGCAUGUCGCUGUGGGUCGAGUUCAUCACCGCCUCGGGGUACCUAUCAGCCAGAAAGAUCCGCUCCAGGUUUCAGACUCUGGUGGCACAGGCCGUGGACAAAUGCAGCUACCGUGACGUGGUUAAGAUGGUAGCGGACACCAGCGAGGUCAAACUACGGAUCAGGGAGAGGUAUGUGGUACAGAUCACCCCCGCGUUCAAGUGCACUGGGAUUUGGCCUAGGAGUGCAGCUCAGUGGCCCAUGCCCCACAUCCCAUGGCCUGGUCCUAACCGGGUGGCAGAAGUCAAAGCUGAGGGUUUUAACCUCCUCUCUAAAGAGUGUUACUCGUUAACGGGGAAGCAGAGCUCUGCGGAGAGCGACGCAUGGGUCCUGCAGUUCAGCGAGGCCGAGAACAGGCUGCUAAUGGCCGGCUGCAGGAAGAAGUGUCUGUCCAUCCUGAAGACUCUGAGGGACCGUCACCUGGAGCUACCGGGACAGCCGCUCAACAACUACCACAUGAAGACCCUGCUGCUGUACGAGUGUGAGAAACACCCGAGAGAGACCGACUGGGACGAGUCUUGCCUCGGAGACCGACUGAAUGGCAUCCUACUGCAGCUCAUAUCCUGUCUGCAAUGCCGCAGAUGUCCCCACUACUUCUUGCCAAACUUGGACUUGUUUCAGGGAAAGCCUCACUCAGCCCUGGAGGCUGCUGCUAAGCAGACAUGGAGACUAGCGAGGGAAAUCCUCACCAAUGCUAAAAGUUUGGACAAAUUAUAAAGUGGUGGUUGAGAAAGAGCCGAGAGACAUUUUGGGAUAAAACUUCAGAGAAGGACAAAGAUGAUUCUCCAACUGAUUCUCCAAGCAAUGUGAAAAAAAUCAGUAACAAAAUAAUGCAGCAAGCAAACAACAAAAACCUUUCUUUUUUUUAAAAAUGGAGCAAUUGGGCCACUGCCAGAGAGAAAGUGAAGGUACAUUUUCAGAUAAAUGUAAUAACUUUUAGUUGUCUUCUUUAAAUGUUUUCACAAAGUGAAGAAACUUUUAUUUAAAUAUAUGCACAAAAUCGUUAAGUGAAAGAAUAAAAUGUAGCGUGCCAAGUUCAAUUUUUUCAUUAUGUGACUUAAAAAAGAAAUGUUAAUAAAAAUGUUGCAAAUUAAAUUACAACUUGGCCUCGUGUCUUGACGUGUUGUGACAGCUGAGAUGAGGCAAAUCUGCUGGAUUUUAUUCUGUUAUUGUCUGAUGAAGAGAGUCGUUAAAUUCACGAGAGGAAAUCUAACCUGUUGUCAACACUGGCAAAAAAAAAAAAAGAAAAAGAAAAAGAAAAAGAAAAAGGAAAAAAAAUCGUUUUUCCAAAAUUUAAAGAAGGAAUGUGCACAGCCGACUUCAGACCAUACGUUAUUUUUUACAAUGCGUCACAGGCUCAGAAGGAUUUUGGAAUGAAUGUAAAUCAACGGGCUCGUGUUAAUAUACAGGCCUGGGAGCAUCUCUGCUCUGUGUUUCAACAGCAGCACAAGGCCUGCAGCUAAACUGAAGCCUUCAUCUGAUUAAUGCGGCUAAAAUUCAGAUAAUGCACUGUGGCUUAUGUGACACCUCUACAGUCAAAAAAUAUCUUAAUGAAUUCGGGUAUAAAAUUCAACAUUCAAAUAAAUUCUCAUGUUACUGAAAUAUAUCAAUUUAAAUACACAACUUCACACACGAUAAUAUCAUGGAGUGUUAAACUGCACCAACUGCGCAAACACAACCAACUGUAGCUCAGCAGAUCUCUAUAGUCAACAUGAAGUUUAGAGUUUGACUGUUUCUUAUGUUUUAAUCAGAGCACUUUACUUCCGUGUCAUUUUUAUUUUUGAGAUCUGCUUACAGUGGGGAAAAAAUAUACUGCACACCAGAGAAGGAUGAUCACUGCUAAAGGAAAGGCCUGAUUCAAUUGCUGUUCUGAUUUUUCUCAUAAAGAUAGUUUGAUAAUUUAUUUACUACAAAACGUUGUCAUUUCUUAUUACCUACCACUAAACUAUGUGAAACGUUUUUUGUGGUGUUAAGCCUACUUUUCAGCUUUACAAAAAUGUAAUAUUCAUUUAGAAAAAAAUAAAAAGAAAGACCAGUUUUACAUUCAAUAAAAAAAAAAAAAACAGUGAGAGAAUAAAUUCUUUACAUGAUGCUUUAAAGACAAGCUUGGAAAUGCACUUGGAAAGAGUGCUAUUUAUGCUCAUUUAAAAUAAUACUUUUAUAUAUAUACUGAGAUAUUAAACGUAUUCAUC